GUAGGUCGAUCAUACAUCCAGUUGCGCACGACUUGGUGACAUCAGUGGGGACGAGGGAUCCUGAAAAAUGACUCCAGCGUUGGUGUGACGACAGUGACCGGUUAGUAUAAAUGCUGAGACAGAAAGUUAUCUUGCUCAUACCUCUAGACUUUACGGGUCACCAACCGCUGAGAUAGAGCAACUAUCAUCACUGCCGGCUCAACAGAGGCUGGGAAAGAGGAGAAUUUGGAUACAUCCCAGACGACCAACUAAGUGACCAUGAAGUCGACAUGUCUGCUUAUCUUGGCUUCUCUCGUGGUCUGCAACUUGGCCGUGUCUGGAGGACAGGGCAUCCCCGAUGAGGAUGAGACGGACCGAAGCACCAUAGACGACAUCAUACUACAGAGAGCAGAAAGUCUCCUGUUACGGUCCAUUCUCAGAAAGAUGCAGGAUGAAGGCGGCAGAAGCGAGGGAUCUUCCUCUCAGACAGAAUGGGUGACAAAACGACAGCAUCCCGGUAAGAGAUAUAGUGCGGAUUUGGAGAAGCGACAGCAUCCGGGGAGGAGAGAAGAAGAUGAGGACGAACAAUACUUGGAUGUUGAAAGGAGACAGCACCCGGGCAAGCGCGAAGAUGAAAUGCACUCGUUCAUGGAGCUCCAGAAAAGGCAGCACCCAGGAAAGCGCUCCGCGACGGGACACAUUUCAGAAAACCCCUUAAUGCUCCUGAGUGAACUUUCAAAACGGCAGCACCCGGGCAAGCGCUACCUGGUGCUGCACAGCAAACGCCAGCACCCAGGUAAGCGCCAUCCCGCGGAUGAGGACGGCGAUGGGGACUGGGAUGCGGAUGCAAAUGGAGACGAUGACCUCGCUGAGUUGGGAAAGCGUCAGCACCCAGGAAAACGGUUUUGGGAUAACUCCAAUCCGGAUUUAGGCACAAACAGUCCGUGUGAUGUUUUGGACCCUACGAGCUGCAGCAAGACCAGUUUGCUGCUCGACUUUUUAGACAACAUUAACAAGAGUCAUGCCGAGGAGAAGAGACAACACCCGGGUAAAAGGUUUGCACCCGAGGAGGAUUUAGUGGAUGGAGAGUAGGUUAAGCAAAUAUCUGGUGUGCGCGUACUACUGUAUUGUAAACAAAAUAAAUGUGUAAAUUAAGUGACCAUAAUGAAUUAUUAAACAUGAAAAAAAAGAUAAAAGAAUUUAUCAAUCAUUUAACCUUUUGUGCCACAGUUUUUCUUUGGCAGCAAAUUACUGUGUCAUGGCAAAACAUUUAUCUGCUGUUUGUUUCUUUGGACAGUGCGUAAUUGUCCUCCAAACUGACUUUGGAGGACAAUUACGCACUGUGUACUAUUUCGCUGUAAAGAGAUGCGCGUGCCCAAUGUUGAACUUUAUUAAUGAGUUAUUAUUAAUAUUAAUAUUUAUUCCGUUAAUUAGGCUACUCAUGCUGAAAAAUUUAAUUAUUACUACUGACUUUUGGAUGUUGCCUCUGUGAGGCAGCACACGCUUGUCAGUACCGUAGGACAUGCUUGCAAUAUGAUCAAAGUGGAGAUAACGUUUACAGAUUUGCUUUGGAAAAUCUUUAAUUUUAUUCAGUUGUGAUUCAUUCUUUUCUACAUAAUGAUUAUCACAGCAAAUAAAAUGUCUCAUUGGUUAUUUUUCUACACAUUAUUGCAUGAAUUAAGUUUAUUUAACCUAAUGUUGUAAAUUAAAAGCUUUGCCUUAAAGUCAACCACCAAUGUUUUUGUUGGACAAUAAAAUGCAUUGGUAAAAAUGUAUGGUUUGCUUUAGUUGCAGUAAAUGCAUGUCUAUUAAACUGUUUAU